ACAACAACAACAACAACAACAACACCACCACAUACACAGAUCCAGCACAAUGUCGGCCACCCCUCUCAUGACCCUCUCCCGCCCUCACCCCGUCGCGUGGGUCAUCUCGCUCCACUCGGCCCCCGACAACCGCCUCACCCCCGAGCUGCUCCACGAGCUCAAGGCAAACCUCGACAUUGUCGAGGCAGAGUGGCGCGCGACGGGCGCUGGAAACCCCGACCCCAAGGCCCGCGGCAAGUACCAGGGCGCUGGUACCCUCGUCAUCACGUCGUCAUUGCCCAAGUUCUUCAGCAACGGCCUCGACCCCGCCUGCCUGUCCGACCCCAACUUUUUCGAGUCCGACUAUGACCCGACCAUGUACCGCCUCAUGACCUUCCCCCUCGUCACUGUCGCCGCGAUCAACGGUCACGCCUUCGCCGGCGGCAUGGUCCUCGCCCUCAGCUGCGACUUCCGCAUCAUGACCUCGGGCAAGGGCAUGGUGUCGAUGAACGAGAUCCUCAUCGGCCUCCCUCUCCCCAACUCGUUCAACGAGAUCAUCUCGUCGCGCCUCACCCCCCGCAACGCCCGUGACACUAUGCUCGGCAAGCGCUGGACCCAGCCCGAGCUCCUCAAGGAGGGCAUCCUCGACGAGAUUGUCGACGACCAGGGCCCGGGCAAGGAGGGCGCCGUGCUCAAGCGUGCCGUCGAACUCGGCCUCAAGGCCAGCGCGACCAUCGGCUCGGGCUCGUGGGGCGCCAUCAAGGAGGGCCUGUACCACGGCUUCAUUGACCAGUCGCGCUCCAACCGCAAGGUUCUCAUGCCAGCGCACGCCGCAAUCGGCUUUGAGAAGCGCAAGCAGCUCGAGAAGCUGACUGCCGCCAAGCUCGCCAAGUUGUAGACCUGUAUCCGUAGUUUUAUGUGCUGUACGUCGAAAGUGUUCAAGCA